AUUUUCACGUGAAUUUAAUUGAAAAAUCUUAAUAUGGAUAAUUCGAAUAGUGAAUUUAGUGAAAAACCAGCCCCACAUGAGCAUCAGCCGCGCUUAAAUGAAGUAGCACAGAAAUUCUUGGCCGAUUUAGAUGAGGAACGCCAGCGCCUGUCCGCCGAGUUCCCAUUAUGUGCCUUGCUAAUUGACGAAGCCGUGGACCGUGUGUACUGCACAGGUCGCAUACCUGGCCGCGAGUUUUACGCCGACGUUUACAAACAGAAGCCAAUGAAAAUAACACAAAAGGUGUUCGUGCCAGUCAAACAAUACCCAAAGUUCAAUUUCACUGGAAAGAUUCUGGGUCCCAAAGGCAAUUCACUGCGUCGCCUGCAAGAUGAAACACAAUGCAAGAUUGCCAUUAAAGGGCGCAGCUCCAUACGUGACCGCAGCAAGGAGGAGCAGCUGCGAAAUUCUGGAGAUCCGCGCUAUGCUCAUCUACAAAAGGACCUCUUCCUAGAAGUCAGCACUGUGGCCACGCCAGCUGAGUGCUAUGCACGCAUCGCUUACGCCCUGGCCGAGAUCCGUAAGUAUCUAAUUCCAGACAAAAACGACGAAGUCUCACAUGAACAGUUGCGCGAGCUUAUGGAAAUGGAUCCAGAGUCUGCCAAAAACAUUCACGGGCCCAAUCUGGAGGCAUACAGAUCCGUUUUUGACAAGAAGUUCGGUGGCAGCAGCGGCGCACCGAAAUACUUGAAUCUUAUCAAGAGAACAGCGGAAAAUCCGCCCGAAGCUGAGGAGGCUGAAGAGGUGGCCUACGAGUAUGAUCAUCGCAUGCCCAAGCGUAGCGCACCAUCGGGCUAUGAAUACACCAAACCACGCCCAUCAAUAAUACCAACAAACGCAGCUGCAUAUAAACGGCCUCAGCCAUACCAAACUGACAUGAAACGUAUGCGCGAACCACCCAUCAAGUCUUAUAAACCGAAUACGUACACCAUUCUGAAAAAGUAUAAAUAAUACGCAAAUUCUCUAAGAAAAUAUAAGUUGAAAAUACAUACACAUAUAAAAGGACAAGCGAAAAAGCGAUGUAAUAGUUACAAAAAAAA